AUGGCCAUGAAACGCAAGGCCUCAUCGGAGGGAAUCACAACCCUCAAACGACAUCAGAAGGAUAAUGUCCUUGACAAUUCCGAUCUGAUCUACCAGGAGACUCACUCCGAUGCAGAGUAUUCGGCUCCUAGUACUCCAAGUUUAAUGAGCGAAGACAUGGACGAAUCUCCGGCGACCCCAUUCUCGGCCACCUCCUCCCGACAGGUAUACCCAUCCGAGCUCAAAACCCUAUCUUGUCCGUUCGAGGGCUGCGAUAAGGCUUUCAAUCGUCCAGCUCGACUCCAGGAGCAUAUCCGGUCACACAAUAACGAAAGAAUCUUCAAAUGUGAGGUUGAGGACUGCGACAAGACAUUCUUACGCCCUUCCCAUCUUCAACAGCAUGUCAAGAGUGCUCAUACAGAUAUUCGAGACUACGUUUGCGACUAUCGGGGUUGUGGGAAGAGCUUUGUGAACGGAUCACGGCUUCGCCGGCACGUUGCUACACACGAUGGACAUAACAAGUACCGCUGUACGGAGUAUCCACCUUGCGACGAGACAUUCCGGAAGCACUCGACGCUACAGAAACAUGUCAUGGUUGCCCACUUGAACCAGAAGCCAUUUCCAUGUGAUCACGUGGACCCAACCACCAAGGAAAAAUGCAACAUGGCUUUUGACAAGGCUGGUAAUCUACGGACCCACCAGAGGAGAGUCCAUUCCGAGAAACGAUUCACAUGCGCAGAAUGUGCCGAAAAUAUGGAAGCUCAAUCAUCAAAUAUGGCCGACGACGAUACAAAACAGGAUGUAUCAUUCCCCACGUAUGCCAGUCUACAAAACCAUAUUCAGAUUGUUCACCCUCCCUCAUGCCCUGAGUGUCCAUUGGUCUGUUCGACAGCACGGGGGCUUCGGCGCCACCUUGAGAUAGCCCAUGGCAAUGUCACUCUUGAAGAACGAAAGAUCUUCCACUGCACCGUCCCUGGAUGCGGGCGUAGCUUCACCAAGCAAGGCAACUUGACCGUCCAUAUUCGCACAGUACACCAAGGCGAAAAGCGGUUUGUCUGCGGCGAAACGGAUCUUUCAAACUCCAACAAGCUGGAGGGAUGGGACGGCGUCGGUUGCGGCAAGCGCUAUGGCAACAAGCUGACACUCGAAGACCACAUCCGCACUUCACACUUGGGUCUCCCGAAUGCCAGGAAACGGCGCCAAGCGAAAAAGACGAGCAAAAAGCCGGCGCAGGAUUCAGUUUCCACUCUUUCUGCCCUCACGGGCCAAGGCUACGCCGAGGAAACAGGUCGACAGAUCGCUUGCUUUUACCCCGGCUCGUGCCCACAUCGUUUCCAUCGCAACUACGAUUUGUGGGUCCACAUGACCACCAAACACAGCUGCACCGAAGAUGAGGUCCAGAACCUCUUCAUGCAGCGCGCGUUGCUUACAGAUGAAACCAGCGCUGGAGUCAACUCGCUGGGUAUAUAUGGUCUUGGAUAUGAUCAGGAUGGUCGGUCCUACUGCCAUCAAUCAUAUGCGGCAGGAGAUCACUCUUCGGAUGUUGCUUUCGGCUCACAGUCGAACGAUUCCUCCUAUCUCCCUAGUCAGCCGGGGUUGGAUUCUGAUUAUUUGAUGGCAGAUGAUUCUCCAGCAAGGACAGCACAUUCAUUCUUCAAUACCCAGUCGUAA